AUGUUGCCCGGAGACGCCUACUUCAUCCUCAGCAACCAGCAAGGCCCACCAUCUCCGGCGAUGGAGCGAGGCGGCGGAUUCUGGGAGCGAGUCCGACGGUAUUCGUUCGGGUCCAGGAACACCGAGGCCAUGAUGUCCGCCACGAACAGACGUGGCUCUAUCUCCAGCCCAGAAGGCCCCCGCGAGGACAGACGUCCGGGCACAGUCGGCAAAGAGUGA